UUAAAAGCUUCCUCCUCCUCCUCGCCAACCACCACCCUCAGUCCCUCACCUCCAUUUCCAUCAAGCCCAAGAACGAACUCACCACGCUAGUGUUGAGAAGUGGAGAGAGUUGAGAGGAAUCAAUGGAGAUGAUGGUUCAUGGGAGGAGAGACGAGCAGUAUGGCGGGCUCAGGCUCGGGCUUGGGCUUGGGCUCAGCCUCGGCGUCGCCGGUGGUGCAGCCGACGACGAGCAGCCGCCGCCGCGCCGUGGUGCCGCCCCGCCGCCGCAGCAGCAGCUGUGCGGCUGGAACGGCGGCGGUCUCUUCUCCUCGUCUUCCUCCGAUCAUCGGGGGAGGUCGGCGAUGAUGGCGUGCCACGACGUCAUCGAGAUGCCGUUCCUGCGGGGGAUCGACGUGAACCGUGCGCCGGCGGCAGAGACGACCACGACGACGGCGAGGGGGCCCAGCUGCAGCGAGGAAGACGAGGAGCCCGGCGCGUCCUCCCCCAACAGCACGCUCUCCAGCCUCAGCGGCAAGCGCGGCGCACCAUCUGCCGCCACCGCCGCCGCCGCCGCCGCCAGCGACGACGAGGACUCCGGCGGCGGAUCCCGCAAGAAGCUCCGCCUCUCCAAGGACCAAGCCGCCGUCCUCGAGGACACCUUCAAAGAGCACAACACCCUCAAUCCCAAGCAGAAGGCGGCGCUGGCGAGGCAGCUGAAUCUGAAGCCGCGGCAGGUGGAGGUGUGGUUCCAGAACAGGAGGGCGAGGACGAAGCUGAAGCAGACGGAGGUGGACUGCGAGCUGCUCAAGCGCUGCUGCGAGACGCUCACCGACGAGAACCGCCGCCUCCACCGCGAGCUCCAGGAGCUCCGCGCCCUCAAGCUCGCCACCGCCGCCGCCGCGCCGCACCACCUCUACGGCGCCCGCGUCCCGCCGCCCACCACCCUCACCAUGUGCCCCUCCUGCGAGCGCGUCGCCUCCGCAGCCACCACCACCCGCAACAACUCCGGCGCCGCCCCCGCGCGGCCGGUGCCCACCCGCCCGUGGCCGCCGGCGGCGGCGCAGAGGUCGUCGGCGUAGAGACCCCACUACUGAUUAAUUAGUUAAUUAGAGAUGAGUAGUGGCUUUUUCUUAAUUAGCAGGGUAUUAAUUAAUUACUUAAUUAGGGUUGGACCCCUGUAGUUUUCUUGUUUAUACUACGUGUAUAAUUUAGCUCUGGUUUUGAACUUUUUAAUUAGUUUCAUAAUCUUUUUUUUUCCUAUCUCUCACUUCACCCUGUUUGUUGUUUACUCAGCAAAGAAUAUGGUGUCUUUGUAUAAAGUGAUGCAUGAAAUGGAUCAUAAAAGUUUUCAAUAUUAAUUCCUUCA